AGAGAGAGAGAGAGAGAGAGAGAGAGAGAGAGAGAGAGAGAGGAUCGCGCGGAGCUCCGCGUCAGGAGUGUCGGUUCCGCGCGCUUGGCGUGUCUUUUCUUUUACUUUUUUCUUUUUCUUUUACCGUGAACGCGCUCAGAUCAGCGGGGCCCCUGACUGACUGACUGACUGCGCGACUUCGCUUCUUUCUCUCGCUGUCCGUCGGUUCGUUUGCACGCAAACAACUUGAGCGCGAACUUGGUUGGAAGCGAUCAUGGUCAAGGACGUGAACUCCGGUGCGCAACACGGCGGCUGUUACGAGGAGAAGGAGCCAGAGCCCCCGGCCGGCCAGCCCGCUGCAGAUGAUGAGAAAGGGCACCCCGAAGCUCAGCCGGGGGUCAUCUGGCGGGUCACAGGAGGUCUCUUCAGUGCCACCAAAGGGGUGGUGGGAGCCACAGUGGGCGGCGUCGCCUGGCUGGGCGGCAAGAGCUUAGAGAUCACCAAAUCGGCCGUGACGUCCGUCCCGUCCGUGGGCGUGGGCCUGGUGAAAGGGGGCGUGGCCGCAGUGACGGGGGGCGUGUCCACGGUGGGAAGCACGGUAGCCAGCAAAGUGCCCUUCACAAAAAAGACCAAAGACAAGGCAGAGUGAGACGGGGAGGCCGAGCGACGGCGCCUCAAGCAGCCCGCUCCUCCGCCCCGCGAGCCUCGCGGCAGGACACAGGGAUGAAGCCGACUCCUCGCAUUUAUUCCGAGUGCCUUGUAUAGCUUUCCCAUUUGUUUCCUUUUCCUGUUCAGUAUUUUUUUUUCUUUUUUUUUUUUUUAAAUUUUGUAACUUGUUGCGAUGGACAAUGGAGGUGUACGAUCUUGUUCAGUCCCACGAUUAACACCUUCUUGUGUGCUGGCAGUGGAAGUUUGGUGUUAACAAGACCCGCGUUCAUCCAUUGUACUGUUUUGCACCAGGUCAGCUGAGUUUUGCCCUCUGUUGUCUGGGUAAAGAUGGAAUCUCCAAAUCUAGAUAAAGUUUGGAUAUGAAAUUGGGUUUAGAACAUUGACACUCUCUCCAUGCUGUAAGUUCAGGGAGUGGGCUGUAUACUUCUUUUAAAUGAUAAAAACUACUUUUAAAACCAAUAUUCCAUAACUACACAUGUGCACAACUGAUCCAGGCAUUUUGUGAUGCAUUUGCUCACAAACCCGGUUGCCUUUUUACAUUGUUUUGCACCAGUUAUGGGGCAUGGACCUCAGGGAUGCCCCCCGGAGGUUUCCACUCCUGUAAAGAGAGUCCGUGUCAUUUUCUCCAACAUUCAGAUGUCUGUCCUUGCAUUUCAUAUUUCUAUUGUGAACCUUUCUUUUUUUAAGGCUGCACAUCAAUGCAACAAUUUUCUUUAGUUUUUGUCUGUGUAGUGUCCCUUGUUUAGAAGGGCAACUGUAGUUGAGUUUGUCAUAGAAAUGUUUUAUUUGUAAU